GUGAAGGUGCUCUACGGCAAGGUCAUCAUCCGGGAGAGGCCUGGACCGGAGAUCAAGGAUGGCAAGAUGAUGGAGGACGUCGCCCAGAAGGAGUUGCUGGCGUUGCUGGAGGGUGGCAGAGGGUACCUCCUCCGGCAGAUGCUCAUUGGCAAGGUUGGGAUAAUUGCGGGGGUCAGGGUGGGCCGCCGCAGCAGCCGCCACAGGUUCAAAGGAGGGCAAAUGGCGGCGGGAAGGCCUGUGGAGGUUUUGUGGGAUCGCCUCAACGGCCUGAAGUCUCAGCAAGCAGUUGAUGUGGAGGGCCUCAGGCGGAGGAUCAUGAAGGAAGCCGAGGAAGCAUUUCAGCUGAAGCUGAACAGGCCGAGCCAAGCUGGGGGGAGCCACACUGACAGCUGA